AUGAACGACACAUGCUCUGGUGCGCUAGAAUACAAGAAAAACGUUCAGCUGAAUAUCGUACUAGCCAUCCAUGUUCUCAUCUCCGUGGGCGGUGUGGUCACUAAUGUUCUUUUCGUCAGACACUGGAGACGUGGUUUAUUUUUCCACAAGAAUUCUCAGGUGCUGAUUUGGACAAUAGUCAUACUCAACCUUCUUCAUUCAUUCUUACUUGGAAUGGGAGAGGGAGUUCACUUAUUUCAACACUACGUUGUGCAAGAUACAUGCAAUGCCUUGGUUUCCACAGUUUUCUGCUAUGUUGUGCGCAUGCCAACAUUGAUGUGCGCUGCUGCACAAGCUCUUGUUCACCUAUCCAUAGUGACAGAAAGAGCGAUAGCACUGAAACGUAUAAAAACAUACGAGAAACGAAAAUCUUCAAUUGGAUUGGUACUAGCGGUCGCUUCGGUUUCAAUUUCGGUUGGAAUGGCAGCGUACACUUUCAAAAAUUAUCCCAUGUUUGAGAAAACAUCAUAUUGCAAAGUUGCAACUAGCCAGACUAUAUUACAAAUCAUCGAAUUCAGCUGUUCUGUACUAUUUCUGGAAGCUGUCAUCAUCGUUUCAUUUUGUUGCGUUUACUGCCUCAAUUCGAAGGGGAGACUAUCCCCGUCUACACAUUUCUAUCGCCAAUGCUGCUGUGGUGGUGCUUGA